AUGCGUACUAACGGGCUUCGCUUCGUCCUACUCCUCAGCGGUCUGGCCACCGCCGAGGCUCAAGCACCCCCUGACCCAGUUCCUGCUCCAGCUCCCGCCCCAGUCGGGCCCGAUGGCACUGCUCCGGCCCCGUCCGACACCCUCUGCCUCCUGCACAAAGAGCUCUGCCUGAACCCGCCGGACAAGCCCAAACCCCCGAAAGAGAAGACGUCGAUAACAACACAGACGGUCAUCUCCGUCGAGACAAGCGGGGGCCAGACGCGGACCGUCACCGUGGGCCAGACAGUCACAGUCACCUACACCGACAAGGAGCCCCCGAAACCGACGCCGCCGCCACCACAGCCGCCCGAGCAGCCGAAGCCCUCGACGGUGACGGAGCGCCCGCAGCCGACGACGGUCACGCAGCCCGGGCAGGAGACGACCAAGACCAUCACCGAGUCCCCGCCGGGGUCGACGCAGACGGUAGUCCAGCCGCCCCCGACGCCAUCCAAGGAGACCUCGAAGGAACCGCCCAGGCCGACCAGCCAGACCCAGCCCCCCAGGACGUCGUCGUCAAUCCAGACGGGUCGGCCCUCGGAGUCGUCUAGGAGGACAAGCACUGGCAGGGGGAGCCAGACGGGGCCGGGCCCGAGCGGCACGGGCCGCCCGACGUCGACGAGGCCGGUCGUGACGGUGGGCGAGGCCGCGCGGGCGACUGGGGCUGUGAUGAUUGGGGCGCUGCUGGGCGGUGCUGCUGCGAUGAUGAACAUGUAG